CGCGAUCGACGUCGCGCUAUCAGCUGCAGUUGUUGUUGUUGUCGUCGUCGUCGUCGUCGUCGCGAUUGUUGGCCAAUGUGAUUGUAAUUAUAAUUUGUGAUUUUGCUGUGUGGCAACUGCAAACAUAUGUAUUCAUAUUCAAGUGCAUGCAGCAUUAGCUAACUGUUCGCUAUGGAAUAUCUCUGCAUACUGAACGCCUUCGAAUGCCAAAAAUAUUACAAUCGCAUGAAGGAAAUCGAGCGAUUGGCCGCCGCCGCCGCCUCCAGCAGCAGCAUCAGCAGCAACAGCAUCAGCAGCAACAGCAGUGCAGCAUCAUCGUCCGCAGCAUCAUCGACAGCAUCCUGCUCCUCAUCAUCGGCAGCAUCAUCAGCAGCAGCAUCGGCGGCAUCUUCCACCGCCAGUUCGCCCAAGGCAAACAGCAGAGGUAGUUGCUUCCUUUCCGUUCCUCCAACGAGCAGCAGCAGCAGCUAUCCGGCCAAUUUCGCACAGGAUUUAGCACAAGCCGCUGUGCUCGCGGCUACGCAACAGCAGCUGCGUUUUGCUGCAGCCGCCUAUCAGCAGGGCCAGCACCAAGCUCCGCUCUCGUAUCAGCAACACCAACAACAACAACAGCAGCAGCAACACCAGCAAUUGCCAAUUGCUGCGCAUCAGCAAAACAACAGCAACAUGGCCAACAGCUUGCUCUGGCAGCCCUGGCGCGAUCUACAGCAGGCAGCAGCCAUGCAUCAUCAGCUCUACACACAACAGCAGCAGCAGCACCAACAACAACAACAGCAACAUCAACAGCAAUUGCACAAAGAAACGCCUCUGACUUCCAAGGAGCUGCCAACCACCAAGUGGCGUCGCGAGCGACGUCAACGCGCCGAGUAUCAAGUGCUUAAGGCAUUCGCUGGCGACAGGCAGCGCGAGCUGGACAUGGAUAGCCCCAUUGACAUGUCCGUAACAUCGAGCACGGUGAAGCAUCAACGUGCGUCGCCACCACCGCCGUACCGAGAGCCCUUGGCGGGUGCCAGCAGCGGUGGCUUUGGCGCCAGCCGGCCCAGCGUUAUCACUCAGGCGCCGCCCAAGCGGGAGCUGCAGGAUCACGCCGACGCUAAUCGUGAACAUGACAAUCGUAGCGCGGAAUCUGUUUCCAAUUGCGACAUCGAUGAGCAUUUCAGACGCUCGCUGGGACCGGACUAUGCAGCGCUGCUGAAGUCGCCCACGCCGUCGCCACAGCCUCAGCCACCAGCUCCAGCACAAGCGCCAGUGGUGGCCAGCAGCGGCAUACCCAUGCAGCAGGUUUCACCAUUGGGCUAUCGACAGCAGCCACCGGCACAUCACUCACCGCUGUCCAAGCUGGUCUUGCCGCUUGUGCAUUCGCCCACGUUAAAAUCGGCGCCGGAAUCGCCGCAUCACGAGCUGCUGCCGCCGCCGCAGGAGGAGCCAUUGUCGCUGUCCCCGCCGCCAGUGCGCGCAGCUUCAGCCUCGCCGUCUGCAUUGCCGCCAGCUGGCGCCAGCCAGCUCUUGGAUGUGCCGCUUGCCGCUAGACGAGAGCGUGCGCUGGACACUCCACAUCAUACGCCACCGAGAUACAAUACACCGCCGCCAGCGUAUGUGAACGUGCUGGCGUCUACGCCCACGCCGCCCACAAUGCCAGCUAUUAUACGUGUCAAAGCCGAGCCGGGAUUAGCCGCUGCAUCAUCGACGCAUACGCCGCCUGCCUCGCCCACCUCAUCGACAAACAUCUCGAUAUUCACCAAGACUGAGGCCUCUGUAGACGAUCACUUUGCCAAGGCUCUGGGCGACACCUGGAAGAAGUUGCAGGGCAACAAGGAGUGAAUGCGAGCUGUUGACCAGAUGACCAACCAGACCAACUCAAAUGCUGUUUUUUAUUUCAAACUACACAAUUAAUGUUUAAAGAUCUCAUGAUGAUGUGAAAAAAUUCUUCAACUGCGUGUGUAUUACAAAAGUUUCUUAAAAUGAUUUUAUUAUUGAAUAUUGCAUAUGGAUAUGGAAAAGCGUAUACGUACAAGUGACAAAAUUGGUAUUCUUAAUAGAUAGACUAAUCCUUAAUAACAAUAUAUACAUAUAUAAGUUUAUAUAUACACACAAAC